AUGAAGGAGGAAUAUGACCUUAGUGAUAGAGCUUUGCUUCUUACAAGUUUAAUGCAUCCUCUUCUACAGUUUGUAGAGUUUUUAAAUGGAUUAAAUUUAUCGACAAAAUUUUUUAUUAAAAUACCUGGAAAUCAAAAUCAAUCAUAUUUUGGAUAUACAGUGCAUUUGAGAUCAAAUUCAAAUAAGAAUGGUUCAAGUGUUAUUAUUGGUGCACCAAAAGCCAAUUCAAAAUUUAAAACAACUGUUACAAAUCCAGGAAGUAUUUAUCAAUGUGAUCAGUUAUUGAAUGGAAAUCCAAAUUGUAACGAAUUCCUGCUGAAUGAAAAAGAUAUAAUUGAAACAUCAGGAUUUAAAUAUGAUGCAUAUCCUGAACAUGGAUCGUUGGGCGCUUCAAUUGAUGGGGAAGAUACUAGAGAUGGAAGAUUUGUGGCUUGUGCACCACGAUGGUCAAGUAUCAUACCCCAAUAUGACUCUCAAACUUUAUUAAAUAAUGGCAUCUGCUAUUGGUCAUCGAAUACUGUUAACGAUAAGCAGUCAGUUACAGAUAUGACUCCAUUAAUAGAUACAAAUCGACAGAAAACGGAGAAGAGCGAUGGUACUUCCUUGUAUAUCUAUCAAUAUGGUGAAUUUGGAUUUUCAACCCAUUUAACAAAGGCAUCAGAAGUUAUAUUUGGUAGUCCGGGAUUAAAUAAUUGGAUUGGAGGAGUCAUACAAUAUAAAGACUGGAACAAAACAAUUUCCACAAAUGAUUAUAAUCGAAGACGGCGUUCAAUUGAGGAAAAACUAUUUGGCCAGACAACAAUAUCAAAAGUUAACUUACCCGAAGGAGUAUACUUUGGAUAUGCAGUGAGUAGUGGCAAUUUUGAAAAUGAAAUGAAUGAAAUAUCAUACGUAGCCAGUGCACCCAAGUAUGAGGAUAAAGGAGGUGUAUUUAUUUUCAAAUUUGAAAAAUCAAAUGAUAAAAAUAAACAAAUUCAUGAAAAACCCGUACGAAUUUAUAAACAAUUUAUUGGUGAACAAGUUGGUGAAUAUUUUGGUGCUAGUUUAUGUGUUAUUGAUGUAAAUGGUGAUCAUUUGGAUGAUGUUAUAAUUGGUGCACCAAGAUAUUCAUACGACAGGGAUGAUGUUGAUUCUGGAGAUGAAGGACGUGUUUAUGUUUUUAUUAAUAAGGGCAAUUGGGAAUUUGAAAAACAUUACUUCUUAAAUUUUAAUGACAUAUGUUCGUCACAAUUUGGGACAAGUGUAUCAUCUCUUGGUGAUUUAGACCAAGAUGGUUUUAAUGAUAUCGUUGUUGGUGCCCCAUAUGAAAAUUAUGGACGAGGUGCUAUUUAUAUAUAUUUAGGAGGGAAAAAUGGUUUAAAUCCAAAAGCAAGUCAAUAUUUUCGUGCGAAAGAUUUAAAUGAGAAUUUAUUUGGAUUCGGGUUUAGUGUUUCUAGAGGAGUAGAUAUCGAUAAUAAUUAUUAUAAUGAUUUAGCAGUUGGAGCGUAUAUCUCUGGUGAUGUUGUAUUAUUUAGAUCACAUCCUGUUGCAUAUCUAACCGGAACAAUUAUAUCCUCUGUCCCGAAACUGAAUUUAAACACAAAGCAAUUUAAUAUUAAAGUUUGUGUUGAAUAUAAUGGGAAAUUUGUUCCCAGAAAUAUUAACGUUUCCGUAGACAUUAGAACAGAUGGACCUUCGUUUGAGCCAAAUAUAGUGGUGCGAGAUUUAAAAACAAUUCAGAAUAUUGAAAUAAUGAUUGAAAAAUGUUUUCCGCAUAAAGUAUAUCUUAAUAACAGGAUACGAGAUUUUUCAAUACCAGUCAAAGUCUCGAUGCAAUUAAGCAUAUAUGAAAACAAAAUGAAUAAUGCCAUAUUUUGUUCAACAUGCCCCAUAUUACAUCCAAAUUCCAAACACAAUGUAUCACUUUCAAUUCCAUUCUCAAAUGGCUGUAAAACCGAUAUAUGUUAUCCAGAAUUAGCACUGAUAGCUUAUUUUACAAAUCCAAGUUUUACAAUUGGUUCUCGAGAUAAUUUGAUAUUAAAUAUUUCUAUAAAAAAUUCUGGUGAACCAGCAUAUGUAUAUUAA